AGAAAAGCUAUACACCUAAAGGGUUUUAUUUUAUGUCAUCUUUACUGUGGAAUAUAAUAUACCCUCACUUUGGUGACGUAUUCUUGGACUGAUCUGUCCAGUGGUGCUGCAAAGACGUAUGCUUAUGCUGUCUCUUAUUUUGUUAAAGCGCAGCUGACUGUAGACUCUCCCCAUUUUCCUCCCAUUAUUCUCUCCCUGCAUGCCUUGCAUAAACGUGUGCGCCUCCCGAAUAAAUCCAAGUCCCUCCCAGCUGCUGCUGUUCAGUAAGGCUGUCCUCAUCCUCGCGCAGCUCUGUGACUUGAUUCAUUCAGGCAGGGAUAGGUUAAUCUCCAUCCUGUAGAUUUUAACUACAGCCUCGACAGGCAAACUUGGAUCACCUCAACACCAUCAUAUUGUCGGGACUUAUUGAACAUCUCGUAAUGAGCGCGUCAACGUGAAAGACUUGCUCAACACCACAAGACCCGCGUUACGCACGAGUCAAAGCCAUCACCGUUAUGCGUGAAUUAAACCCUCACCUGUGCAGGAUGAAGGUAACCUUUGGCUCUCUGGUGAUCACAGCCGGCAUCUGCGGCAUUCUGAGCUUCGCUUUUUUGGCGACUUCCCUCGGAACCGAAUAUUGGUACAUCAUAGAGAUGAAUCCUAUGAAUACAAGCGACUUUGAGAACAUGAGCUCCCACUCGGGACUGUGGAGCAUCAACGAAGGUGGGAAGAUGACCACAGACUCUAUUGACUCCUUCACAGCUGACUCCUCCAGAUACUCUGACACUGAGCUCCUCAUGCUGAGCAUGCACAGUGCAAUAGUGGUGGUGCUUCCCUUCAGCCUGGUCCUGUUGCUGUUUGGUGGCAUCUGUGGAUUGGUCAGCUCCCUGGCUCGGAGCCCCGUCCUCCUCACCGGCACGGCCUCCUACUUCUUCAUCUGCAGUCUGCUGACGCUGUGCGGUGUGAGCCUCUACAUCAUCUACUCGGACAAGGCCCUGGCUGAGACGGAGAGGCAGGUGGGGCCGGAGGGUCUGGCCUAUAUUCACACCUCCUUCGGCUGGUCUCUGGGUCUGGCCUGGCUCUCCUACGGCCUGGAGCUCCUCACCGGCGUGCUGCUCCUCGUAGCUGCGAGAAUGGCCAAGCUGCUGCAAUGCAGUCCCACCAUGGCCUGACACAAGCCUCUACACUGGAUCCAACACAUUCAGAAGGGUUGACAAUUGAACUGUACUGAACUACAUGUGUUGCUGGCAUGUGGUCCUGCCUUAGAACAAGGUAACAAACAGUAGCUGGGCACUAUUAAGGCUCUCACAAAAUACAAAUGUUGAGCUACAGAUGUUUUGGACUGUUAAAAUAGUGUUUUAUAAGUUUAAUAUCCCUAAAUCUGCUUCAGGUUGUCAGUCUGGUGAUUUACAGUAAGCAAAGUGAAGUGGUCUAUUUGAGUAAUUGCGCCCUCUUGUGGUCAGAAUUGAAGUAGCUCCUUAUAUCCGCUGUCAGCGCACCUGACCAUGUUAUUGGCUACUUUAGAUAUUAAAUCUGUCCCAAACUAAACUGAGGAGCUCUUUUUAAUUUAAAAUCAUAUAUGAUACGUUUGUAUUCUCACAUGUUAUAUUGUCUAUAUUUUUAAUCAUGCCAAUUCAUUUGAUGUAAGCUGUAUUUGUGUGUUUUUGAAUCUUUGAAACCUAAAAGUGUUGUAUUGUAUAUAUGAUGACAUGUUAGUUAGUUUUUCUAUUGAAAAUGUGCAAUGUGUUCCAGGUGACUGCAGCGAAAUGUUACACUACUGCAGCAACUUAUUGUCUGUAUUUUGAGCCAUUACCAUUGAUUUCUCAGAGUACUAACUGUUCCCUUGUUCCUUCAGUAUUAUGGGUAUGAUACACGGCAGUCUGUGUAUCAGUGUUUUUUUCUUACUGGAACAGAUUUGUUUUUUAACAGUGAUCAGAUGUUUCACUUUCAUCCGUCUCAAAUGUCUUUCCUUCUGCAAGUAUGUCGUUGUUGGUUUCUUAA